AAUCAACACAGCGGGCAAAACUUUCCCGCUGCUAAGAAGUCGAGGCUGUAUACAUUGUUGGGGAGUGAGCACUAACAAGCCGGCUAUCCGAAGUAGUUGAGCGCGGAUGGGCAAAUGGGGAAUAAUUUUGGCCGCCACUCAGCAGACAGUUGGACUCUCUGAAACCUAAGUACGGUCAAGCCGCGCUAUAUGGAGGCAUAGUUGGUCAGACCGGCAAGAUGGAGUCGCAAUCCUUGGGAAGAACCCGGCAGACUCCGGCCGCGAGAAACCAUAUCGUUUAUACGGACCACAAAGGACGAAAGAUACCAUACGCCGACAAGAUCACCCCGGAGCCCAUCCUGAACAACAAUACGGGGCGGGACACAAAGGCCGACUCGAUCAGGAACAGUUAUAAUAGCCAAUUCAAAGUUGGCAUCUACGGCUGGCGCAAGAAAUGCCUUUACGUCCUCGUCAUGGCACUCAUGUUUAUGAUGAUCAUUAAUCUCGCGCUCACGCUGUGGGUAUUGAAAGUGCUGGAUUUUAAUUCGGAUGGAAUGGGUCAGCUUCGCAUCGUGCCGGGCGGGCUACAGCUCCUAGGUCAAGCUCUGGUGUUGGAUUCGCUAUUCGCGUCAAGCAUCAAGUCUCGGAGAGGACAGCCCAUUACCGUGGAGUCCUCGAGGAACUUCAGCGUCUCGACGCGGGAUUCCCACGGGCUGCUGCAGAGUAGGCUAUUUUUAGGCCACGACCGUCUGGAGGUGAAUGUGGCGCGGUUAGAGGUGCGUGACGCAAGAGGAGCGUUACUACUCGGCGCGGGGCAGGACGCGGUCACCGUGGGCGCAGAGACGUUAACCGUGACCAGCCCCGCCGGGGUCAAUCUUCAGAACGCGGUGCAAACUCCGCUCGUACGGGCCCCGCCGGCGAAGCAAUUAGUGUUAGAGUCGCCGACGCGCUCGCUGGAGAUGCACGCGUCGCAGAACAUCGCGCUGGAGUCGCGGGCCGGCGACAUCAGCGCCAGCUGCCUCACCACCUUCCACCUCAAGUCCGUCGCUGGCGCCAUUCGUCUAGACGCACCCAACAUAUACAUGCCCAAGCUAAAGUCAGCGCUGCCUCUGCCACCCUCGACGCCGCACUCCCACGACCCUCACCACCAGAACAUCUACCAGUUAUGCGCGUGCAGCAACGGUAAGCUGUUCCUAGCGCCCCCACAUGGCGCCUGCGCCGCUCGCGAGGAGAGCCUCAUCUGCCGAUGAUGGCUCGCACAAGCAGGAAGGCUAAGACGCACGCCACGAUAUAAUCUUAUCGAUUCUAGACGAUAAGCCCAUACAUGUGAUGUCAAAAAUAAUCGAUAUGAUUUUAUUCGAGACGAG